CGUUACGCAGGUAUCCAGCUAUUGCUUAUUACCCUAAAGCCUGGAACACCCUGGUUAUCCUCUCCGGAUCUCACUGCAGGAUCUAUCCGUACCCUCUCCACUCUGCACCAGGGCGCACUCAGCUCACUCUUUUACAAAAUCCCCUGCUCGUCAGGAAUCAGGUGGUGCUGAGAAAAUGAGGAGAGGUUUGCUGCUGGUGACUCUGUUCUUCAUCCUGAAACUUCGGCACAGCCAGUCCAGAUGCGAAGAAACCGGAUCGCGCAGAUCAACUUCAGAUUCUGUAGGUUUGAACAACCUAAAGCGGAACAUUCUGAAGAGGUAUAGUGAUUUGGAUUAUGACAGCUUUGUGGGAUUGAUGGGCAGAAGAAAUACGGAUGCCAACAUUGUACAGUCUCCACAAAAAAGAGAAAUGCAUGACAUUUUUGUUGGUCUUAUGGGGAGGAGAAACUCAGAGCCUGAUAAUGGCCUGAGGAGAGAGUAUCCAGAGAAGAGAGGCAUUUUUCUGAACAAGUGCAGGCUGAGGUUUCUUCAGGGGCUGUAAACACUGAAACAACGGUCAACAAUGACAGAUGAAAGAUAAGAGCGAACACAAAUAAUAAACCAAGUGUCUGGUGGAAACGACCAAACCGACAAGGUUCCCACGUGUAAAAGUGCCAACUGGCUCAUGAGUGACCAUUAACUACACAGAUUGUAUUUGAUUUACCUGAAAAAAAACCUAAUCAGAAGUGAAAGGUGGCAAUUUCUGUAUCAUGUCAUUCUGUUUCUUCAAAGUUCCAAAUAAACGUAAUUUUUUUAUACCGAAUUUAUUCAUUCAAAACAUGGGUGUUUUUUCCUGCUGCUUUUUUGAGAG